AUGUCCAAGCACUUCUUACCAAACAAUGUUGCUCAAUUGGUGCCAAACUGCCUUAAGGGCUUGCUUUUGGAGAAUGACAACUUGUCUCUUUUGGAAAAAGAGAAGGUCAUCUUCAACAACCAAUAUGACCCUAGGAAGGUGUCCUUGAUCAGUGGUGGUGGUUCGGGUCACGAGCCAGGUUGGUCUGGUUUUGUCGGUGCUGGAAUGCUUACUGCUGCUGCCCAAGGUGAUGUUUUCGCAUCUCCAAACGACAAGAACAUUGUUUGCGCGGAGAAGGCUACCCACUCAGAAGCUGGUACCAUUUUCAUCAUCACUAAUUACACUGGGGACAAUCUUUACUUCGGUAUGGCAUCACAGGAGUUGAUUUCUAGAUACGGUGAAGAUAAGAUCAAACUAUUGAGAGUCACUGACGAUGUCGCUGUUGGCAGAACUAAGGGUGCUUUGGUUGGUCGUCGUACUUUGGCUGGCUGUGCUUUGGUCACUAAGAUCAUGGGUGCUGCUUCCGAAAGAGGCUACAACAUCGACGAUGUAUACGAAGUUGGUACAAACGUCAAUGCCCAAAUCGCUUCCAUAAACGCAGGGUUGGACCACGUACACAUUCCGGGUCAUUCUUCCGAGGAAGACUAUGGUAAGCUCGAUGCGAACCAGAUUGAAAUCGGUUUAGGUAUUCAUAAUGAACCAGGUGUUCGCAAGGUCGACCAAAUACCAUCCAACGAAGAGUUGAUUCCAAAGUUGUUGAGCUACAUCUUCGAUACUGAAGACCCAGAGAGAGGUUUCUUCAACUACGAACAAGGUGACGAAGUUGUCCUCUUGUUUAACAAUCUUGGUGGUAUUUCAGUCAUUGAGGAAAAGUCCUUGUUAUUCACCGUUGCCGACGUCCUUGAAUCCAAGUACGGUAUCUUACCAUCUAGGGUCUACUCAGGUCCUUUUAUCACAUCCUUGAAUGCUCCAAUCUUCACCAUCACAUUGUUCAACGUCACCAAGGCUGCCACUGCCAAGUUUGACAGAGACCUUUUGUUCAAAUUACUCGACGACCCAACUAUUGCUAACGGUUGGUCUCACUCCCACUACUCUACCCCAGGUAGAAGCACCUACAAGAACAGAGUCGUCACCUCAUUCGAAGGUUAUCCAGAGUCUGCUGAGACCACUACAUCCAAGAAUGACGUCAAAGUUGAGCAAUCUCUUCUUAACCAGAUUGUAGAAACCGCUGCUAAGAAUGUCAUUGAGAGAGAACCUGAUAUCACCUUCUGGGAUACAAAGAUGGGCGACGGAGAUUGCGGUAAGACCUUGGAAACUGGCGCCAACGCGGUUCUCGAUGCUCUUAAACGUGGCGAUUUCGAAGGUGGUUCUGCCUUAAAUGCUUUCAAGGUUAUCUUGAAGAUCAUCAGAGACGACAUGGGUGGUACUUUGGGUGCUAUUCUAUUCAUCUUCAUGAAGGCUUUCGUCAACAAGUUCGAGCAAUUAGUUGAAAGUGGUAUAGUCGUAGACAGCAGCACCUAUGCCGAAGCAUUGAACCACGGUGUUUCUACUCUUUGUCAAUUUACCAAGGCCAGGCAGGGUCACAGAACCGUUAUGGAUGUUUUGAUUCCAUUUGUAGCUGCAUUCUACGCUUCCAAAGAUAUCCUGACUGCAGUCCAAGUCGCAGAAGAAUCCGCUGAAAACACAAGAAAGCUUGCUCCAAAGUUGGGGCGUGCUACCUAUGUUGGUAUUGAUGAACAAACGGUUUUUCCACCAGACCCUGGUGCUUUUGGUGUUUAUGAAAUUAUCCGUGCCCUAAAAUUGAUCAAUUUUUAA